GCUUUUUGGAUGAUGUUUGCCUCCACCACCAACCCCUUCUUUUUUUCUUCCCAUUUUUAUUUAUUUUCCAUAUCUCUAAUUUAAUUCAAUUUUUAAACUUUCAAUCCCAAAAAUAUAUAAAGCCCUUUUUAUUUAUUUGUUUAUUAGCGAGUUAAUUGCAAUAACACUAGAGUAUUCAUAACACUACGUAGUAGUAUCCAGGAAUCUGGAAGCAGUUCCAGAGGCAAAAACAAAGUCUCAAUCUUUGUUGAGGAGGAGGAGGAGGAGAAGAUGAGAGGAGGGAGUCUAUGGCAGCUAGGCCAAUCCAUAACCCGUCGUCUUGCUCAAUCCGACAAGAAACCUCUGUCACCACGCCGCUACUUCGCCUCCGGCGCUGACCUUAAAAAAACCGCCCUUUACGACUUCCACGUCGCCCACGGCGGAAAGAUGGUUCCUUUCGCCGGUUGGAGCAUGCCGAUUCAGUACAAAGACUCCAUCAUCGACUCGACUGUUAACUGCAGGGUCAACGGGAGUUUGUUUGAUGUUGCGCAUAUGUGUGGUUUGAGUCUCAAGGGCAAAGACUGUGUUCCUUUCCUCGAGACGCUCGUGGUUGCUGACGUGGCUGGUUUGGCUCCUGGAACGGGGAGCUUGACUGUGUUCACGAAUGAGAAGGGUGGUGCUAUUGAUGACUCGGUGAUUACUAAAGUGACUGAUGAGCAUAUCUACUUGGUGGUGAAUGCUGGUUGUAGGGAUAAGGAUUUGGCUCAUAUUGAAGAGCACAUGAAGGCUUUUAAAUCCAAAGGAGGUGAUGUCUCUUGGCAUAUCCAUGAUGAGAGAUCUCUUCUCGCCCUUCAGGGUCCUUUGGCUGCUCCAGUGCUUCAACACCUCACCAAAGAAGACUUGAGCAAGCUUUACUUUGGACAGUUCCAGAUCCUGGACAUUAAUGGUUCCACCUGCUUCCUUACUAGGACCGGGUAUACUGGUGAAGAUGGUUUUGAGAUCUCGGUUCCAUCCGAGCACGCAGUUGAUUUAGCCAAAGCAAUCCUGGAGAAGUCCGAGGGAAAAGUAAGGCUCACGGGUCUAGGAGCAAGAGACAGUCUCAGGCUAGAAGCAGGGCUUUGUCUAUACGGCAACGACAUGGAGCAACACAUUACUCCUGUUGAAGCUGGACUCACAUGGGCCAUAGGGAAGCGUAGAAGAGCCGACGGAGGGUUUCUUGGCGCUGAUGUAAUCCUCAAGCAGCUUCAAGAUGGACCUACUAUCAGAAGAGUUGGAUUCUUCUCUUCGGGACCACCAGCAAGGUCGCAUAGCGAGGUCCAUGAUGAGAAUGGUAACAAGAUUGGAGAGAUCACGAGUGGUGGGUUUAGCCCCAACCUGAAGAAGAACGUAGCUAUGGGGUAUGUGAAGUCAGGUCAGCACAAGAAUGGGACUAAAGUCAAGAUCUUGGUCCGUGGGAAACCUUAUGAAGGUAACAUCACCAAGAUGCCGUUCGUUGCCACCAAAUACUACAAGCCAUCAUAAUGUGUGUGUCCUCUUCUUCUAUGACCUCUGUCUCUUGCUUAUGUUAAAUGACUUCUGUUUCCUUUGAAGUGUACGUUCUUUUGCCAAGAGGGCAUUGCUUAUUUCACUCUUAUUGAAAUAAAUCUUUUAACACA